GGCCGGGGCCCUUGACGUGUCCCGCCGCCGAUUGGCCGCCGGCCGAUAGGAUCUCCGCGGCCCCGCGUUAAGGCUGGGGAGCGCGCAGCGCUCGGCUCAGAGCGCUUCCCUUCCGCCCGGUAUCCCGGCUCCGCUGCCCCCGGUACUCCAUCCUGCCUGCCCCGUGCCCAGCCGCUCCUCCGGUGGGUGGCCAUGGAGUACACGCCGCCCCCCAAGCCGCAGCUGUCCUCCCGGGCCAACGCCUUCUCCAUCGCAGCCCUCAUGUCGAGUGGCAGCUCCAAGGACAAGGAGUCUUCCGAGAGUACCAUCAAGCCGCUGGAACAAUUCGUUGAGAAAUCCUCUUGCGCGCAGCCUUUGAGUGACUUAUCCAGCCUGGACCCUCACGGGGAGUUUAGCACCAGCCCUUCAUCGCUGUGCACCGAGCCCCUCAUCCCCACCACCCCUAUCAUCCCGAGCGAGGAGAUGGCCAAAAUCUCCUGCAGCCUGGAGACCAAAGAGCUCUGGGAUAAGUUUCACGAACUGGGUACCGAGAUGAUCAUCACCAAGUCGGGGAGGAGGAUGUUCCCUACCAUCAGGGUUUCCUUCUCGGGAGUGGAUCCCGAAGCCAAGUACAUUGUGUUAAUGGAUAUAGUUCCUGUGGACAAUAAAAGAUACAGAUAUGCCUACCACAGGUCUUCCUGGCUAGUGGCUGGAAAAGCUGACCCUCCACUCCCUGCAAGGUUGUACGUGCACCCUGACUCCCCGUUCACAGGAGAGCAACUGCUGAAACAGAUGGUGUCCUUCGAGAAAGUCAAGCUCACCAACAACGAGCUGGAUCAGCAUGGCCACAUCAUUCUGAACUCCAUGCACAAGUACCAGCCAAGGGUGCACAUUAUUAAGAAGAAGGAUCACACGGCUUCUCUGCUAAACCUGAAAUCGGAGGAGUUCAGGACGUUUAUCUUUCCAGAGACUGUUUUCACUGCUGUUACCGCCUACCAGAAUCAAUUGAUAACCAAGUUGAAAAUUGACAGCAACCCUUUUGCUAAAGGAUUCCGGGACUCUUCCAGACUCACUGAUAUCGAGAGAGAAAGUGUGGAGAGCCUUAUCCAAAAGCAUUCCUAUGCCCGGUCCCCCAUUCGAACCUAUGGAGGAGAGGAUGAUCUUGGAGAUGACAGCCAGGCAACACAAAGCAGAGGGUCAGCAUUUACAACAUCUGACAACCUGUCCCUCAGUUCCUGGGUAUCCUCUUCAACCAGUUUCCCUGGAUUUCAGCAUCCACAGUCUUUGAGUGCCCUGGGUACCAGCACUGCAUCCAUAGCUACACCCAUUCCUCAUCCAAUCCAAGGAUCUCUGCCUCCAUACAGCCGCCUGGGAAUGCCUCUCACACCCUCUGCUAUAGCCAGCUCUAUGCAAGGUAGUGGCCCCACUUUCCCUUCCUUCCACAUGCCCAGGUACCACCAUUAUUUCCAGCAGGGUCCUUAUGCAGCUAUCCAGGGACUGCGUCACUCCUCCGCAGUGAUGACGCCAUUUGUAUGAGUGAUGUAAGACAAGAAGAACGUGAGAUUUUCAAUGUGCAAGUUUGGUAUGAAAAGAUAUGAGGGACCUUCCUGUGGCAAGAGUGCUGAACUCAUCACAAACCAGAUAAGAAACAUGCAUUAUGGAUAUAGAUUCCUCCAUUGAGGGAUCAUGAGAAGAGAGCAUGCAGCUUAGACCUGCUCCCAGAUCUUAUGGUGGAGCACAGCUGAAAUGGAUCCCAAAGUUCCCAGGAUGUGAGCAGCCGCGUGCAGCUCGUUCCAAAGGUGCAUUAUACCUAGUGGAAAGAGAUGACGCUUAUGCAGCAGUGUACAAAUUAAUUGUGUGUAAGUCUUUUUCUUUUCAUAUACUAGAUCAAUUCUGGAACAGGCAAUACUCUUACUCAUCUUCAUCUCUUGUGACUGAUGAACAUCUAGGCAGAAAAAUGUAUUGCUAUAACUUUGAGCAUGUUUUAGCUAUCUCAGCACACGUCUGCUGGGAACGGGACAAAGUGGAGAAGACCACUGUCCUUUUUAAAAGACUGGCUUAUAUUCACCAAAAGCAGUAUUUCUUAGUUGCUACUAUAAUCUCAAAGAGAAAAUUUUUAAUGAGUCUUUCUUUAUUUGCUUCUUUCACAAAACACUUAUCAGUUC